AUGCCAACCACCACGUCCGCGCCUGACAAAUCGAGACAGACCUCCGCUGGCAAAUCGUUCUUCGGGAGGAAGUUGCAUAAGGAGAAGCCGGUAGACGAUCGGUACGAUGCCCACGGCGGCCUAGAGAGCCUCGCGCCUCCUGGAAGCGCCCCCGGGUCUCGCUCUUCCCGCCAUUCCAAACGGUCCUCCGUCCAGUCCAUGGAUUUUUCCACCGACAUUGAUCCAGCGGCACUCUCCAUGACUGCGGGUGUCAUUACCUCCAUUCCAUUUGAAAGUCUCCCCGCCGACACCAAGUCGCCGAUCCCGAUCGAUUAUCUGUCCAAGGCCGAAACAUCGCCACGCAAAGAACCGUCUCCGAACCAUCUCGCCAAGGGAGGCAGCGACUUCCACCAAUAUCCCGCCUGGAACCCGGCCAGUAUCCGGGACAACAACCCCUAUUCCCACCCCACCGGUCCUCGCCCGCCACCGCAUUCGUCAAAUUUAACCAUGGCGGGAAGCUCUUCUGGGGACAAGGGUGCUCGAUACCAGCAAUGGGGGCGACCAGGAAGUUCGGCUGCCAAUACGGGGUUCAGUCACAACUCUUCUUCCACGGUAGAUUCCUCGGCGCAUUCCCGAAUAUCUUUCGACCAGGCUAGUGUCCACUCGUCGCUUUCGUCCAAUACCCGGGACACUCGGGGUUCGAGCUAUUUCUCAUCAGAUGGUUCUUCACGUACGCUGACGACCUCGCAUUCCGCCGACCGCAACACCUACUCGUCCAAUGGCACAUCCAGCCGACUAUCGAAUGCACAAGCUGCGUGGCAAUCGGCCCAGGCAUCGCAACCUACAAAGCCACCGACCAACCCUGAGCAAUACCUGACUCGCCCAAGGGACGAUCGGGUCGUGGACCAGCUGUUCCUCGAACUGAUGCAGAAGCGAGGCUGGCAGAAUCUGCCGGAGCAGGCUAAAAGGCAGAUGCUUGCGUACCCAGCUUCGAAAAAGUGGACGCUGGUUCAUCAAGAUCGGUUGACGGAGAUACAAGGUGAACAAAAGCGGCGGCAGAAUGCACGGCAGACCCAUGGUCAUGAUGGACCAACAGGGAUUCUGGAGCGGGCUGAUGAAGAGGGAAGUCCGGAAUGGUAUGUGAAGAAAGUAAUGGAUGACUCAAUCACGUCGAAACAAUUAGCUAGUCUGAGCGUCAGUCUGCGGACCCAACCAAUCAGUUGGGUAAAGGCUUUUGUCGAAGCACAAGGCCAAAUAGCCCUGACGAAUGUUCUUUCCAAGAUUAACCGGAGGAAGGCUUCAGGCCCCGUUCCUGCGCCCCCGACGGGCGACAAAGAUUUGGAUCGUGAAUAUGAUAUUGUCAAGUGCCUGAAGGCCCUGAUGAACAACAAGUAUGGUGCAGAUGAUGCUCUUGCUCACCAGCAGGUCAUCGUGGCUCUCGUGAGCUCGCUGUUGUCUCCCCGGCUGAAUACAAGAAAGCUGGUCAGCGAGGUUCUGACCUUUCUUUGUCACUGGGCCGAAGGGCAUGGGCAUCAAAAGGUCCUCCAGGCUAUGGAUCAUGUCAAGAACCACCACGGAGAGACCGGGCGCUUUGAUGCUUGGAUGCGUAUCGUGGAGGUGACCAUCGAUGGCCGUGGAAAGAUGGGCAGUAUGGUGGGUGCAAGCGAGGAAUAUCGCAGCGGUGGCAUAGGCAUGGAGAACCUGCUCAUGGAAUAUGCGGUCUCAACUAUGCUCCUUAUCAACAUGUUGGUGGACGCACCGGAGAACGACCUGCAGUUGCGUUGUCAUAUUCGCGCGCAGUUCAUCUCUUGCGGCAUUAAGCGUCUCAUGACGAAAAUGGAAGGCUUCCAGUAUGAAGUAAUCGAUAAGCAGAUUGAGCGAUUCCGAGAAAAUGAAGCCAUCGACUACGAGGAUCUCCUGCAGCGUGAGAGUAGCAGCGUGAAGGAUAGCAUCGAGGGCGAGGUCAAGGACAUGAGCGAUCCUCUACAGAUAACAGACGCUAUUGCAUCAAGGAUACAGGGUACUCGAGCUCAUGAUUACUUCCUCUCUGCUAUGCAACAUAUGCUUCUUAUCCGGGAGAAUUCCGGAGAGGAUGGCCUACGCAUGUACCAGCUCGUCGAUGCCAUGCUCAGCUACGUUGCCAUGGACCGAAGGCUACCAGACCUGGACCUCCGGCAAGGGUUGACAUUCACCGUACAAAGUCUCUUAGACAAGUUACAUACAGAUUCCGAGGCAAGACAGGCUUACGAUGAAUCGUUGGAGGCUCGUCAGAUCGCGGAGGCUGCCUUGGCGGAGCGUGAUGAGAUGAAGGCGCAGAUCGAGCUGGGUGCAGAUGGUCUAGUCAAGAAGUUGCAGAAGCAGAUCGAAGAGCAGACCGGCAUAAUCGAGCUUCAACGAAGACGGGAGGAAGCAAUCCGGGCUGAGCUCGCCGAUGUACAAAGGCUGCGUGCCCAGGAGUUACAACGCAACGAGCUGGAAACUAGAGAGCUCUACCUGAUGCUUCGGGACGCCCAGGAUAUCGCCGCUUCAAAUGCCAAGAAGAACAACCUAGCGGAAGCAGAUCCAUCGCACAUGAGAGGAAUUCUGGACCGCGAGAAGCUCCUGGAGCGAUUGGAGAUGCAGCUCGAACGGACCAAGACACAGUUCAAGCUGGAGGGCAAGGUCUGGGGCCAACAUGUUACUUCGGACCGGCUACGUGAACUCCGCGAGCAGAUGGACGGUGAGGCCGAGCCGAACAAUGAUUUCGAGGAGCAUGCUCGCCAGAACGUUCCUGCACUGGGAUCUGUCCAUCGGAAGCGGAGCCAUUUGCCCGGCAUGGAGAGGGAUGAGCUCGAGGGCCAAGCGCAGGAGGGCGAAGUUGAUGAGAACGGAGAGAUUGUCUAUGAGAAGGCGCGUCUUGUGGACCUUCAUCGACCCCGACUGAACUCCAAACAGGCGAACGGCCUCCUCGGAGAGAUUGCCUCGCGCGUCCCCAAGAUCGACGCUGACGACAACGAAAUGAGUGCUGCUGUUCCGGCGGGUGUUGAAAUUACGGCGCUUGAGGGCGGUGCUGCCGUUCUUACCGGCGGACCCAAGAUCGAGGGUGAAACCGAGAAGCCGGCGGGCAAGGGCGUGCCCGCUCCUCCGCCUCCCCCGCCGCCGCCGCCGCCGCCGCCGCCGCCACCUCCUGCCCCAGGAGCCGUGGGAAUCCCUCCUCCGCCUCCCCCGCCUCCUCCCCCCCUCCACCCGGCGGGGCUCUUGGGAUUCCUCCCCCACCCCCUCCGCCGCCUCCUCCUCCGCCGCCUGGAGGCGCAGGAAUCCCCCCACCUCCACCUCCACCUCCCCCUCCUCCCCCCGACGGGGCUCUUGGGGGCUUCGUUUGGUGCCCCCCCUCCGCCGCCUCCGCCUGGCGCUGGCUUUGGAGGAUGGCGAGCCAACUACAUGGCCUCUCAAGCCCUCCCUCACCACAAGACUGCUCUUAUGCCAUCUAUACGGCCUAAGAAGAAGCUCAAGGCCCUCCACUGGGAAAAGGUUGAUGCUCCACAGGUGACGGUGUGGGCGUCUCAUGCCCCCACCGCUCAGGAGAAGGAGGAGAAAUAUGUGGAGUUGGCCAAGAAGGGUGUUUUGGACGAGGUUGAGAGGUUGUUUAUGGCGAAGGAGACCAAGAUCUUUGGAGGCAAUGCAGCAGCCAAACAGCGCAAGGACAAAAAGCAAGUCAUUUCCAACGAGCUGUCCAAGAAUUUCCAGAUCGCGAUGGCGAAGUUCUCUCAAUUUCCUGCCCAAGACGUGGUGCGGAUGAUCAUCCACUGUGACACCGAUAUUCUGGAUAAUCUGGUCGUCAUGGAGUUCCUGCAGCGGGAUGAAAUGUGUACGGUCCCAGAGAAUGUCUCGAAGUCGAUGGCGCCAUAUAGCAGGGACUGGACGGGCCCGGAUGCUGCCAGUGCGGAACGUGAACAAGACCCCAACGAGCUCACGCGAGAGGACCAGAUCUACCUUUACACAGCAUUCGAGUUGAACCAUUACUGGAAGGCAAGAAUGCGCGCUCUCGGGCUGACCCGGUCGUUUGAGUUGGAUUAUGAGCACAUCUCCGCCAAGUUACAACAAGUCGUGAAGGUCAGCGAAUCUCUGCGGGAUUCUGUUUCUCUCAUGAACGUUCUCGGUCUGAUCCUGGAUAUUGGUAACUUCAUGAACGAUGCCAAUAAGCAGGCUCAAGGUUUCAAGCUGAGCUCUCUCGCCCGUCUCGGCAUGGUCAAGGACGACAAGAACGAGACCACUUUCGCAGAUCUGGUUGAGCGAAUCGUCCGUAACCAGUAUCCCGAAUGGGAGGGCUUCACGGACGAGAUCAACGGGGUCAUCGCCAUCCAGAAACUCAACGUGGAUCAGCUGCGGACGGAUGCGAAGAAGUACAUUGAUAAUAUCAAGAAUGUACAAGCCAGCCUGGACGCCGGAAACCUGAGCGACCCCAAGAAGUUUCACCCCCAAGAUCGCGUUAGCCAGGUUGUUCAACGGAGUAUGAAGGAUGCUAGACGGAAAGCCGAGCAGAUGCAGCUCUACUUGGAUGAGAUGGUGAAAUCCUACGAUGACAUCAUGGUCUUCUAUGGUGAGGACAAUGCCGACGAGGGUGCCAGACGAGACUUCUUCGCGAAACUGGCUUCCUUCUUGCUGGAGUGGAAGAAAUCCAAGGAGAAGAACAUUUCAUUGGAAGAAAGCCGGAGACGCACUGAGGCGUCGUUGGCUCGCAAGCGGAACAUCAAUGCUAGUCUUGCCAAUGGCACUCCGUCGGCUGGUGAUGCGCCAGCGUCACCAGCUACCAGCGGGGCCAUGGAUUCGCUCCUGGAGAAGCUGCGCGCUGCAGCGCCCCAAGCUCGGGACCAGCGUGACCGCCGCCGUCGUGCUAGGCUGAAGGAGCGCCAUCAGAUCCGCGUCGCUUCAGGGCAGAAGAUGCCGGAUGCCGAAACCCCUGACGGUGGUAACGACGCCGAGGACGACGGCAGUGGUACCCAGGCGGGCAACGACAACAACAGCGAGGCCAAUCCCACCGAAACGGGCCUUCUCAGCCCUCCUCUUCUUGAGGCGGAAACCCCCGAGACUGCGAAGAAGGACUCCCAGCAUGUGUCGGAAAGUGAAGAUGUUGCGGAUCGCGCCGCGAGCAUGCUGCAGGGUCUCCGAGACAACGUGGACAACGACCGACUGAGGAGACGAAGAGAAACCGCUGAAGAAGAGCGACGGAAGCGCCGGCUACGGAGACGAAACGGAGCCACCAGCACCAGUAAAGACAACACGGAGAACUCUGCUCCUACAUCUGUGCCGGAGCCGAUCUCGCCUCCCAGAACCGACUUGGAGCCGGACGAUGCCAUCCCCCAGCCACCUCUGACGCCGGCAAUUGUGGUGUCCCCAACUGCAGACCAGCAGCUCCGGUCACCCGGUGACGAUGAGCUGAUGGAGGGCUCGCCGUCGAGCAGAUCCAUCGAGUAG